AUGGGCACGACGAUCACGUUUACCGAAAUCUUGCUGUCCCUGAUUGUGGUAGCGCAUUUCCGCAGUAUACUUUGUGGUAUGGUGGCUAGAGACAAGCAGUGUGGCUGCAGUGACCCACAGCAGCGCGACGACAAUCUCGAGAGCGAGUACAUCAAGUUGGAGCCAACUGGGCCGACCUCGCCAGGAUUUAAGGCCAUCUCUACUGGUAUGCAAGUUUGA